AUGAAGUACAUUCUCAUCUCCUCUCUCCUUUCUUCCGCAGUCUACGCUGCUCCUUUCGCUCAGGUUCAGGGCCAAGGACAGCAGCGCCCAGCUGGCCAGGCUACCAACCAGCCAACAGGCCAGACCACCGCCAACAACAACCCAACUGGUCAGGGCGCUGGAAUCCGCAAUGGACAAACUCCCACUGCGGCUGACCUCGCCACUGCCGUCUCCAACUGGCAGGCCGAUACCUCCAUGGUCUCCAACUUCCUGAACACCGGUGCCAGCAUCAAGAACAACGUUCAGUUCAAGCAGGCCGCUACCGUUGCGUACAACGCCGAGGUUGACGAGCUCAACCACAAGGCCAUUAUCGACGCAGCCAACAGCGCUAACCCCAACGUCAUCGCCGCCAACAGCACCCUCGCCACUGGUGGUUCUUUCCAGGAUGUCGUCGACAAGCUGCAGCAGAUGUCUGUCCAGGGUAUGGCUGCCGUUGCCAACAUCGACCUGAUCAACCAGAACCGUUGUGUCAACGUUCUUCCUAACAUCGAUGCUUACAUGGCCUCCACUGGCUCUACCACUCAGUCCGUUCGCCCCACUGCCUGUGACAAGACCGGUGUCGCCGGUGGCGUACAGGGAACCGGUGCCACACAGCCAGGUCAGCCCGCCGGUAGCCCCGCCGCUGCCUUUGCCGCCGCUCAGUCCCUUGCUCAGGGAACAGGUAACGGUUUGGUCCAGAAUGGAGCCACCGCGAAUACCGCCAGCACUGGCACUGGUCAGAACAUUCAGGGCCAGGGCCAGGGCCAGAUUCCUCAGGGCCAGGCUCAACAGGGCCAGAACACUCAGGGCCAGAUCCCUCAAGGUCAGGCCCAACAGGGUCAGGCUCAACAGGGUCAGGCUCAACAGGGUCAGGCUCAACAGGGUCAGGCUCAACAGGGUCAGGCUCAACAGGGACAGGCUCAACAGGGUCAGGCUCAACAGGGACAGACCCCACAACAGGGCGUCGCCGGUGCAGCCGGAACUGGUGCUCCAACUGGUCAAACUAACCAGCAAGGCGGUGCAACUGGGCAAGCUCAGCAACAAGGUGGUGCAGCCAACCAGGCUUCUCAGCAACAGGGAGGAGCUGCUGGCCCAGUUAACGGGCAGGUCCCGAACGCCGCAGCUGGAGCAGGCAACCGUGCGGGUAAUGGCAAUGGUGCAGCAGCUCCUGGAGCUGCCGGAGCUGCUGGAGCUGCCGGAGCCGCUGGCCGUCACUCUUUUGACAUGUAA